UCUUGUAUCAGACUGCAACCCAUCACUAACCGCCCAUGCUUCCUUAUAAAUCCUAAACUAAAAACAACCCCAUGCUAUAGUAGCCUCCUUUUUGUAUUCAUCACUUGCAGUCCCACAUUCCACAUUCCCCAUAUAUAAACUAAUCUCAAAAACCUUGGUUUAUUGCCAUCCAAAUCUAAUAAUAUUCUUUUGAGUUUUUUAAUUCUGUCUUUCUAGAGAAGGAAGAGAGCUUCUUUUUAUUUUUGGAGGUUCAGGAAUGCGAAAUUCUCAUUUGCUGUCAUCUUUGUCUUUGCUUGAAUGCUUUGUUACUCUUCUGCCAUUUGUUUCUUGCUCAUCCCAUGAAGAUGUGAAGGGUCACAAGAGCACAAAAGCAGAAAACACUCACAAGUUAAGUCCUACGAUGAAAUCUGAUGUUGCUUUUCAUGGGGUUCUCUUAUGGGUUUCCAUGGGAUUCUUAGCACCUCUUGGAUUACUCAUUAUUAGAAUGUCUCACAGAGAAGAAAGUGGAAGCAGAAAGAAAGUUCUUUUCUACCUCCAUGUGAUUUUGCAGGUACUCUCAGUGCUUCUCGUCACAUCUGGAGCUAUCAUGUCCAUAAAAUCCUUUGAGAAUUCAUUUGAUAACAAUCACCAGAGAAUAGGUUUAGCCCUUUACGUUGUCGUUUGGGUGCAAGCUGUUAUUGGAUUUCUGAGACCUCUUAGAGGGAGCAAAAGGAGAAGCAUAUGGUACUUUGUGCAUUGGAUACUUGGAACAGUAAUCACUCUGGUUGGGAUCAUCAACAUCUACACAGGCUUAGAAGCUUACCACAAGAAAAUGUCAGCAGAUACAAGGAUUUGGACAAUACUUUUCACAGCCCAGGUCUCUGUCAUGGCUUUCUUUUACCUUUUUCAGGACAAAUGGGAUUAUAUGCAAAAGCAGGGAGUGAUUUUAGGGAAUAUUCAGCCAAUCACAUCCACCAAUAUAAUUACUGCUCAAAGUGAUGAUACCCAAAAGGUGUUGGUGCCUGAACCAUGUGCCAAGAACAAUGCACUUAGGAACUUGUUUGACUAGUUAUUAUAAUAAUAUUUUUAUUAUUAAUUAAAAGGAAAUUUCUUUAUUA